AUGUCUACAGGUAAAGCUAAAGUCUGGGCAAUUAGUGAUCCUCAUUUACCAAGUGCAAAAGAUAAGAAAAUGGAAAAGUAUGAUCCUGUCUGGACAGAUCAUCCAAAACACAUUCUUGAAAAUCUUCAAAAGGUUGUAGGACCAAAUGACGUUGUUUUAAUACCAGGAGACAUCUCUUGGGCCGAUAAAAUAACAGAAAUGGAGGAAGAUCUUAAGUUAUUAGCUGCUAUUCCUUGCAAAGUUAUCAUAUCAGAAGGAAAUCACGAUAGAUGGGCUUCUAAAGCAAGUGCAAUUAAAGAAUUACCUUCUAACGUCACAUGGACUGUUGGAAAAAUGCAAAGAAUCGGAAAUUUAGCGAUCGUAUCUCAGAGAUUAUGGGAUAUUGAAGGGAUUUUCCCAUGGCCAGGACAUAUAGCUUCAAAAGGAGCAAGCGAGAAAACACCUGCAAGAGAAAUUAAUCGUUUAGAAACUCAAUUAAAGUUACUUCCUCAAGAUAAAGAUAUAAUACGCAUAUUAAUGGUUCACUUCCCACCGGUUGCUUACGACGGAUCUCCAGGAAUCCUUACAGAUAUGAUAAACAAAUACAAUGUUGAUUAUUGCAUUUACGGGCACGUUCAUGGUCAAAAAGAAGAUCCAAACCUUAAAGCCCAUGACAUCGUUAUAGGCUGCACCCAUUUCUACCUCACAUCUUGUGAUUGGCUAAAGAUGAUUCCAAAAGAAAUUUGUGAAUUCACUCCUUAA